AUGGGCGACUCAGGGGAGGGCGGCGGGGAGGUGCAGGCGGAGCCGGCGGCGGGCGCGGAGGCGGCGCCGGAGCAGCCGUGGGCGCUGGCGGCGCAGCUGGUGGCGACGAACGCGGGGCAGGGCCGCGCGGCCUGGGCGCACUCGCGGCUCAAGCACCUCACCGAGCUGAGCGUGCGCUCCGCCGCCGCCGCCGCCAGGCUCACCGCCAUCAUCUGCACGCUGGGGCCCGCCUCCGCCAAGCCCGAGGUGCUCGACGAGCUGCUCGCCGCCGGCAUGAACGUCGCCCGCCUCAACUUCUCGCACGGCUCCUUCGAGUACCACGCCGAGACUGUGCGGCUGGUGCGCGAGGCGGUGGACCGCUACAGCCACGCGAUCGGCGCAGACUGGCCGGUGGCCAUCGCGCUGGACACGCGCGGCCCGGAGAUCCGCACGGGGCUGCUGCAGGGCGGCGCCACGGCGGAGUUGCUGCUCGUCGAGGGGCAGAGCGUCACCCUCACCACCGACCAGCAGUACGCGGAGUCGAGCACGGCGGAGCACCUGUACGUGGACUACGGGAACAUCACGAACGUGGUGACGGUGGGGGACCGCGUCUUCGUCGACGACGGGCUCAUCUCGCUGAUGGUGCGCAACGUGUCCGAGGACGCGGUGCAGUGCGAGGUGGAGAACGGCGGGAAGCUGGGCAGCCGCAAGGGCGUCAACCUGCCGGGCGUGCCCGUCGACCUGCCCGGCGUCUCCGAGAAGGACGCCGGCGACCUGCGCUUCGGCGUCGAGCAGGGCGUCGACAUGAUCUUCGCCUCCUUCAUCCGCAACGCGCAGACCGUCCGCGACGUGCGCGACGUCCUUGGUGAAGAUGGAGCUCGUAUUAUGAUAAUAUCGAAGAUAGAAAAUCAGCAAGGUAUCGACAACGUUGACGAAAUAAUUGAAGAAUCCGACGGCAUCAUGAUCGCGCGAGGAGACAUGGGCAUCGAAAUACCUCCGCAGAAGGUGUUCGUGGCGCAGAAGUCGAUCCUGGCCAAGUGCAACCGGCUGGGCAAGCCGGUGGUGGUCGCCACGCAGAUGCUGGAGUCGAUGGUGGGGCUGCCGCGGGCGACGCGCGCAGAGUCUUCGGACGUGGCGAACGCCGUGCUGGACGGCGCAGACUGCGUGAUGCUGUCGGGCGAGACGGCCAAGGGCAAGUUCCCCGUGCUGUGCGUGCGCGCCAUGGCCGAGCUGUGCCGCGAGGCGGAGGCGGCCGUCUGGACGCGCCAGCUGUUCGCCGAGCUGAGCUGGCUGGCGCGCCCGCCCGUCGACAACACGGAGGCCACGGCCGCCGCCGCAGUGCGCGUCUCGCUGCACAGCCGCGCCGCCGCCAUCCUCGUGCUCACCGACAGCGGCAAGGCCGCCAGGCUCAUCGCCAAGUACCGGCCGCGCUGCCCCAUACUCGCUAUCACGCGGGACGCACAGGUGGCGCGGCAGAGCAACAUGUGGCGCGCGGUGAUACCGCUGCACUACUGCUCGUCGCCGCUGGAGGACUGGCUGCAGGACACGGACCUGCGCUUCCAGUUCGGUAUCAGCUUUGCCAAGGGCCGCGGCCUGGUGAGGCGCGCCGACGCCAUGGUGCUGGUGAGCGGCUGGCGGUCGGGCUCGGGGCACACCAACACCGUGCGCGUCGUGUACGCCAGCGGCUCGGGCGAGGAGCCGCCCGUGGAGGCAGAGUCCAGCAGCGACAGCGAUGGGGAAGCAGUGCCGUCGGCGGCGGAGGAGGAGGCGGAGGCGGAGUUGGUAGCUCGUAUGCAGAUCGUGCUGGUACCCUUCCACCGGUUUUCUGUGCUUCCGACGUUUCUUACCGCCUCAGCAGUGCGGUUUAUCGGAGCCUCUCACAGUCAACCUAUUACUUGCUGCCGGCCUCGUCGCCGCCGUCUGCACAUUAGUCCAGCCCAGUUCCACACGCUGAGGCGUCAGGUGACCGCGGCGCUGCCGGGCUGUGGAAGUGCUACUGUAACUGCACCUACAACGCAAUCACCACCGACUAGGCCGGGCCCACAUUUCUUCCGUCAGAGUGGAGGCAGCAAGUACCAGAGGACUUUCUUGUAA